AUGAAGAGCCGUGGGCUCGUGUGUGUCAUAGCCCACAAUGACACGGCGCCUGUCAUUUUGAAGACCGUGGACUCCAAGACCGCGAAGAAGACGGGGGAGUGCUUGGCCGGCCUCAUCCGGCGCUCGAUCGCCGAUGUUGGAGACAAGAAGGUUGUCCAAGUGGUCAUGGACAAUGCGUCCAACAACCGGAGGGCGGCCGACAUCCUUCGUGAUGGGUUUCCAGCAAUUUUCUUCAACAACUGUGCGGUGCACGUCCUCGACUUGAUGCUUCACGACAUCGAAAACAUCCGUGCAGUGAAGCGAGUGCUUAACCAAGUGCACAGGGUGGUUAUGAUCGUCAAGGGCAGCGCGUCCGCUGUCACGCUCUUCCACGAGUUGUUUAGCACAUUAUCCUUGGUGCGACCUGGUGCAACACGCUUCGGCACGCAGGUUAUCAUGCUUACCCGCUUCCUGGAAGUAAAGAGAGCGCUCAAGGAGAUGGUGAUAAGUGAGGAGUGGGAGGCGGUGGCGGUGGCACGGUCUGACGAGGGGCGAGCUGUCCGCCUGCUUCUCUUGGAUGAGGUCUAUUGGGACUGCGCGAUAGCGGUCCUCCGCCUCAUGACUCCCGUGUACGAAGUGCUGCGGGUGGUUGACACGCGUGCUCUAGUCAUGGGCCAGAUCUAUGGCCUCAUGCUAGAUGCCAUGUACCUCGGGGAGGUGAAGAACGAUCCCGAGGUAAGGCUGGGGGCGGAAGCGGUGAUCCAGGCCCGUGGGGUGGAUGUCGCUCACCGCACGCUGAUGUUGACGCAGUUGACGCAGUUUCACCAGGGAAAGGGGCUGAUAGGGUCCGAUGACGCCCGUUGGGCAGCAACGGUGUUGGUGGCGAGUGGGCGUUUGACGGAGGCAGAGUGGUGGCUGAUGUACGGGGGGGAAGUGCAAGCGCUCAUGGGGCUAGCUGUGAUGGUGCUGUCACAGCCAGUCACGUCAUAUGAGGUGGAACGCUAUUGGUCCGCCAUUUCACGUGUGCAGAGGCGGGACCGUAACCGCCUCACCGCCAAAAGGAUGAUGGACGUGGCUGAGGUGGCGUUCGCCAGGAGGGCCAGGGAUGCAUUCGAUAGGAAAUCCCGGGAGAGGGAGAAGCUUUAUGCCGAUCUGGCCAAUGGCACCCUCAAGCAAGGGUCUACCAUUAAACCGUCAGCAGCAGCAGAGGAAGAGGAAGUAGAGGACGAGGAGGAGGGAGAGGGGACUGAGCAGCUAUGCACCAUUGAUUGGGACCUUUUCGGGAACAUUGGGAAGAGGAAGAAGAAGGUGCCUAAGUCCGCUAAAAGGAAGAGAAACGGGAAGGCCAAGAAGCCUAACAAGGGAAAGAGGAAGGCAACAUCUUGUCAAACAUUAAUCACAUAG